CUGCCCCUCAGACCCGGUUGUGACGACCAUCAGUCCGUUCCCCGUGCCUAGGAGUGUGUUUGUCAUUCACUUUGUACUGUAGACUCUACAUCGAAGGGGAAUCUUGGGGUAACUUGUCUGUCUGAGGGAGAGAGAGAGAGAGAGAGAGAGAGAGAGAGAGAGAGAGAGAGAAUGAAAGAACCCUUGAAGAAGAGGAGAUGAUGGAUGAGGGUAAAAACUUCAGCUCUGAAAUUAAAGACUUAGAAAAGGAAGGAGGCAUGCCUCUGGAAGACCUGCUGGCCUUCUACGGCUCUGAGCCCGUGCUGCCCGCCGCGGUGGAGCCCAGUUCCCACAGCUCCCCAAGUGAACUUGCAGAUGAGCUGCCAGACAUGACACUGGACAAGGAGGAAAUAGCAAAAGACCUGCUGUCAGGUUAUGAGGAGGAGUCGCCGCCUUCCGCAGACAACCUGAUGCCGUCUCUGGCUUCCCACGAGGCUUCCGACUUCUUCCCGAGGCCUUUGCGCUCAAAUACUACUUGUGAAGGAGAUAAAGAAUCAGAGAUUGAAGAUGUUGAAACAGACAGUGGUAACUCACCUGAAGAUUUGAGGAAGGAAAUAAGGAUCGGUUUACAAUAUCAGGCCGAGAUCCCCCCUUAUCUUGGAGAGUAUGAUGAUGAUGAUGAUGAGAAAGCAUCUGAAGAUGGAGACCAGCUCCUUUGGCGUCCUGGUGUGGUUGCAGAGAGCAAAGUGAAGGAGUACCUUGUCGAGGCCGCAUUCAGAACUGGAAAUGAGAAAACGGUGGAUGGGGUUUCGGCCGGAGCACUCACCAGGGACAAUGAGCAGGCAUUAUAUGAGCUGCUCAGGUGCGACCAUAACAUCAAGGAGGCGCUCCAGAGGUAUUGCCACAGAGGAAAGGCAUCUCAGGAGGGAAUGACUGCGUGGACAGAAGAAGAAAUCCGGAGCUUUGAACAUGCACUCAUGAUCUUUGGAAAAGACUUUUAUCGUAUACAGAAGAACUGGGUGAAGACCAGAACGGUGGCGGAGUGUGUGGCGUUCUACUACAUGAGGAAGAUGUGGAAGAAGUCUGGGCGCUAGGACUACUUCGACUACUUUGCACAGCAGACGCAGUUCGGGAAGAAUCGCUACAACCACCACCCCAGAGUGACGGACUACAUGGACCAUCUGGUGGAUGAGACAGAAGCUCUGGGGGAGGGGGGGCAGUCAGUUCUCCCGGCUUAACCACCACCCGCCCUGACCCUGUUCCCUAUUGGCCCCAUACUCUGUCAGUCUUGCUAGUUGUUUCAAUAAAUAUUUCACGAUCCAACCCUUA